CGGCCCGCUCCCUCUUCACUGCUCGUCCACCAACCUAUCUUUCUCACCGUUGGCCCCUUGACCGACAAGAUGCAUCUCACUACGGCCUUGUCCCUUCUGCCACUUUUGUCCUCGGCCAAUGCCGCUGAGACAGUCUUGGGAGCCUAUGUCUUCCAUCGUCAUGGCGAUCGCACUCCAAAGUCGUUGGCUCCCACCAACCUUACAGCUUUAGGUUAUGAGCAAGUCUAUACCUCUGGCCAAUAUUUCCGGUCGCGCUAUUUAGAGGGCUCUUCCAAGAUCGAUGGCAUCAAUCAAGAUACCGUUAGACUCACGCAGCUCGCCGUCACCGCACCAGUCGACAAUGUCUUGCAGAAUUCGGCUAUGGGCUUCUUGCAAGGUCUCUACCCACCUGUACAAACUGUACAGACUCUAUCCAAUGGCAGAGAUAUCCAAGCCCCCAUGGAUGGCUAUCAACUGAUUCCCAUCAACACGAUCGAGACCGGCGCCGGAAGUGAAGACAGCCACUGGCUCCAAGAUGCCUCAUCCUGCGCCAACGCAAAGGCCUCAUCCAACAGAUACUUUAGCUCCAAAGAAUACGCCGACAUGCUCGAAUCAACAACACCUUUCUACAAGUCCCUCGUCCCUGUAGUAAACUCCACCCUAGAGCCGUCCACCGUCACCUUUAAAAACGGCUACAUCGUCUACGACCUGAUCAACGUCGCCACCAUCCACAACUCGUCCAUUCCCUCCUCAGACAUCCUCACCAACGAAACUCUGUUUGAGCUCCGAACCCUCGCUGAUGCGCACGAGUGGGGCCUCGCAUUCAACGAGUCCGACAACGCGCGCGCCAUCUCGGGUAUGCAGCUCGCGGGUGAAAUUCUCAAGUACAUGAACAGCACCAUCGACGCAGGCCGAAAAGGCACAUCUGCCAACAAACUCGGCAUUCAGUUCGGCGCGUACGCCACCUUCCUCUCCUUCUUCGGUCUCGUCGACCUGCAAAAGACCAACGUGGACUUCACUGGUGUACCCGACUAUGCGAGCUCCAUGACCUUUGAGCUGUUCACUGAUAAAGAAGUCCCGUCCGAUGGGUUCCCAGGCAAUGAUGAUUUGCAGGUGCGCUUUUUGUUUCACAAUGGCACUGCCUCCAACAACAGCCAACCCACUGUGUACCCUCUGUUCGGGGGGAACAGCAACGCGGUUUCGUGGAACGACUUCGCCCGCGGCUUGGGUGAGUUCGCGGUGUCGACUACCGAGGGCUGGUGCAAGAAGUGCGGCAACACGGACGGAACGUGUGCACAGUAUGUAGAGGGCGGCAAGGGCGAUGGUGCUCAAACGCAGCAGAGUAAGGGCGGUAGUGGUUCAUCCAUGUCUCCUGCCAUCGGAGGUGUUAUUGGUGCAUUUGUUACGCUCGCUGUUGUGCUGGGCGCGUUGGGAGCAACGAUGCUGCUGGGAGGGUUUACUCUGGUUAGCAAAAAAGCAUUGCAAUCCAGGACUGGUGGGACUAGCGAGGCUGUCAAGGCAUGA